UUUCCAGCGGGCAUGAUGUUGGAGGUGAAGGAGAGUGAGUGGAGCUUGUCCCAGGGCCUGGCAGGACUCACAGGCAGUGUAGGCCAGUUCUGGGACUGGCAGUGGUGUGUCCCGUGCCCUGUUUCCUGCUGGCUGAGGCUCAGGGGCGAUGCCACUGGAAACUGGAGCUCUAAGAGGCCUGUCCUCACUCCCAGGUGUGUGAGAACAUAGGCCUCGGUGCCGCCACUCCCUGGCCUCUGGGGUAUUCUGCAAUUCUGCCUAUCAUCAUUUCUCAGAAAGCCACGUCUUUCUGGGUAGCCAGGGGCUCCAGGUCUCUCUUGUCUUCAGCCUGCACUUUAACCCUUUCCUGCUGGAGAGAGCCUCCUGGGCCUCGUGGCCACACAGCGGGACAGCCUCUGGUUCUAAAGUCAGGACUGCUGUUCUCAGAAGCACUUUUGAGACUCCCCUGGGGCUACACAGUGGAGACUGUUGGAGGGGCCAGCCAGUCACCAACUGGAGACCAGACUCUGAAGUCUCCAGCCCGUCCUGAAAGUUCCUCCGGGAGGAGGAGCGUGCAGUGCAAUUUUGUUGAUAGCAGACAGUGGGAAGAAAUCGGUGCUGAGAUGUUUGAUGACACUGAUCACCAGCAUUGCUUCUGAGGGCACUAGAAGCACCAAGUGGCCUGCGACGCUGCAGUGGUGAGAGUGGCCCCUCCUCACCUAGUGAGCCAAAAAUGUGGAUUCUUGGGGACUCUGCCACUCAUCAGCUCCAGGUUGUGCUGCUGGCCCCGGUCUGGGGGUGUUGAGCAGCAGCUGCGGGAACACGCCUGCCCUGGCCACCUGCCAUCUCUGAACCUUUGCUGCUGAAGCCCCUGGUGGCUGCCCCUGCCCAUUAAGGAUGUGCGCCCCCAUGGAGGGGCUACUUACGGCCCUCUUGGUGGUGUUUGGGGUGGCAGUGGCCUUUGCAUCCAUACCUCGGAUCACCUGGGAGCACAAAGAGGUACAGCUGGUACACUUCCAUGAACCGGGCAUCUACAACUACUCGGCCUUGCUCCUGAGCGAGGACACAGACACCCUGUACAUUGGUGCCCGGGAAGCGGUCUUCGCUGUGAAUGCGCUCAACAUCUCCCAGAAACAGCAUGAGGUAUAUUGGAAGGUCUCAGAAGACAAAAAAGCAAAGUGUGCAGAAAAAGGGAAAUCAAAACAGACGGAGUGCCUCAACUACAUCCGUGUGCUGCAGCCACUCAGCGCCACGGCCCUGUAUGUGUGUGGGACCCAUGCGUUCCAGCCGGCCUGCGACCACCUGAACUUAACAUCCUUUAAAUUUCUGGGGAAAAAUGAAGAUGGCAAAGGAAGGUGUCCCUUUGACCCAGCACACAGCUACACGUCCGUCAUGGUUGAUGGAGAACUUUAUUCUGGGACAUCAUACAAUUUUUUGGGAAGUGAACCGAUCAUCUCCCGAAAUUCUUCCCACAGUCCUCUGAGAACGGAGUAUGCGAUCCCCUGGCUUAACGAGCCUAGCUUUGUCUUUGCUGACGUGAUCCGGAAAAGCUCGGACAGCGCCGACGGUGAGGACGACAAAGUCUACUUCUUCUUCACGGAGGUGUCUGUGGAGUAUGAGUUUGUGUUCAGGGUGCUGCUCCCACGGAUAGCGAGGGUGUGCAAGGGGGACCAGGGUGGCCUGAGGACUUUACAAAAGAAGUGGACCUCCUUCCUGAAGGCCCGACUGAUCUGCUCCCGGCAAGACAGCAGCCUGGUCUUCAAUGUGCUGCGGGAUGUCUUCGUCCUGAGGGCCCCGGGCCUGGAGGUGCCCGUGUUCUAUGGGCUCUUCACCCCACAGCUGAACAACGUGGGGCUGUCGGCCGUGUGUGCCUAUGACCUGUCCACGGUGGAGGAGGUCUUUUCCCAUGGGAAGUACAUGCAGAGCGCCACGGUGGAGCAGUCGCACACCAAGUGGGUGCGCUACAACGGCCCGGUGCCCAAGCCGCGGCCUGGAGCGUGUAUUGACAGUGAGGCGCGGGCGGCCAACUAUACCAGCUCUCUGAACCUACCAGACAAAACGCUGCAGUUUGUUAAAGACCACCCUCUGAUGGACGACUCUGUAACUCCAAUAGACAAUCGGCCCAAGCUCAUCAAAAAAGAUGUGAACUAUACCCAGAUCGUGGUGGACAGGACCCGGGCCCUGGACGGGACCAUCUAUGAUGUCAUGUUUAUCAGCACAGACCAGGGAGCCCUGCACAAGGCUGUCAACCUCGAGAGUGACAUUCACAUCAUCGAGGAGACACAGCUUUUCCAGGGCCCAGAGCCUGUCCAAACUCUGCUGCUGUCUUCAAAGAAGGGCAAGAGGUUCCUCUAUGCUGGCUCCAACCUGGGCGUGGUCCAGGUCCCCCUGGCCUUCUGUGGGGAGCACGGCACCUGCGCGGACUGCGUGCUGGCACGGGACCCCUACUGUGCCUGGAGCCGGCAGGCAGAUGCCUGUGUCACCCUGCACCAGACUGAGGACCCCAGCAGCCAGUUGGUCCAGGAGAUGAGUGGCGACGUCUCCAGCUGCCCCGAUAAAACUAAAGAAAGUUACCGGCAGCACUUUUUCAAGUGCGGCAGCACAGCGGAACUGAAAUGCUUCCAGAAGUCCAACCUGGCCCGGGUGUUCUGGAAAUUCCAGAACAGUGUGCUGAAGGUCGAAAGCCCCAAGUAUGGUCUCAUGGGCAGAAAAAACUUGCUCAUCUUCAACCUGUCGGAGGGAGACAGUGGGGUGUACCUGUGCUUGUCAGAGGAGCAGGUCAGGAAUAAGAUGGUCUCCCGGGUGGUCGCCAAGCACGUCCUCGAGGUGAAGCACGUCCCGGCACGUCCCGAGCUGCCCACCUUGCCAGCUGUUCAGACGGAAGGCAGCUGGAUUGCCCCCAAAGUGUCAGCAGCAUCCAUCCCAGGGUCCCCUCCCCCAACCCCUGCCGUGCAAGUCAGCUCCCCCAGGGCCGUCACCGCUGCCCCCAGGCCCACGCCCACCAGCACAUCCUGCGAACCAAAGAUCGUCAUCAACACGGCUCCCCACCUCCUCUCCGAGAAGACCAUGUACCUCAACCCCAGCGAUAACCGCCUCCUCAUGUCCCUCUUCCUCCUCUUCUUCGUCUUCUUCCUCUGCCUCUUUUUCUACAACUGCUACCAGGGCUACCUGCCUGGACACUGCUUAAAAUUCCGCUCGGCCCUGCUCUUUGGGAAGAAGAAGCCCAAGUCGGAUUUUUGUGACCACGAGCAGAGCCUGAAGGAGACGUUGGUGGAGCCGGGGAGCUUCUCUCAGCAGAACGGGGAGCAGCCCAAGCCAGCCCUGGACACCGGCUAUGAGACCGAGCAGGACACCAUCACCAGCAAAGUCCCCACAGACAGGGAGGACUCGCAGAGAAUCGACGACCUCUCUGCCAGGGACAGGCCAUUUGAUGUCAAGUGCGAACUGAAGUUCGCGGACUCGGAUGCGGAUGGAGACUGAGGCCGGCCAGGCAUCCCCACCCACGCCUCGGCUGUGACACGUCCACGCUGGGGGGUUUUGUGUCUCUCCCGUUUGGUAGCCGAGUCUUGGUAGCACUGCGUAGGUUAGCCCGCGUCGAGCAGCCAGCCUCAGUCCUCUGUCUGUUUUCUCUUGGGUUGAGCCUGUGACUUAGGUUCUCUUUGUCCUUUUGGAAAAUGACAAGCAUCACAUCCCACGGUCGGUCGCAGUACUUUAUGGAGUCCCGUGGGCAGUGGUGCAGGUUUACCUGAGCCCUUUUUGUAGUGGGGGAAGAUGGUUUGACCCCCCGGCUGAGAAGAGCAUCCCUUCGGCUCCCCUCCUCACGGCAGCCACUAAAAGAUAAUUCAUUCCAGAUUGGAAAUGACAUUUUAGUUUAUCAGAUUGGUAACUUAUUGCCUGUUGUCCAGAUUGGCACGAACCUUUUCUUCCACUUAAUUAUUGUUUUAGGAUUUUGCUUUUUGAUUGUGUUCAUGUCAUAGGUCAUUUUUUUUUAGUUACUGAAGCAGAUGUUUUAAUAUUUAGAAGACGUGCAUCUUCUAGAUUUUGUUAUAUAUUGGGAUAAAAUAUAGUUUAUGUUGCUUACGAUUCUCAGGGAUAAACUUACUUUUGCUAAAUGCAUUCUUUCUGCUUUUAGAAAUGUUGACCAAAACCAUCUCUCGAGCACGCUCACCUUCUUUUUUUUUUUUUUACUUUAUUCCUCGAGAAAAGUAUCGUUUUCAGAGAGAUUUGUUUUUUCUAUACUUUUUUUUUUCCUUCUCUUUUUCUUUUUAUUCUCUUGAAGAGGUCUGUCCCAUGCCUGUGAGGCGGGUUUGAGUGAAGGAAGGUGGCCUGGGCAGCCCAGAGCCCAGGGGGCAGUUAGGGGGUGUCUCAGAGCUGAGAGAAAGGGUGUGGCAUGAUCAGUGCCCAUGGCUGCCGGUCAAGACUUCCUGCCAGACAGAUGGAACCUUCACAGGACACCUUUGGUUUUCUGAGCAUUCCUGUCUCUUUUGGCUUCAAUUCUAUGACCACUGCCUGCCCAGACUUUCCCAGCAACCUAACUGAGCUGUACCUACUGAGCUGGGCCUCUGUGGACAGGGUUGCUGGCCAAGGGCUGUGACCACGUACCUGUAAGCACACAGCCGCUAUUCCUGACCUGCUCCGCCAGCCACUGUCUUAAAGAUGUGAACGGGUGGUAUGAUCUCAACAUUUGCUAAUUUUACACUCCAUCUCCCUGCUUUGUAAAUACCCAUUGAGAAGAGACUCUUUUUUUCCCAUGGCAAAGAGCAAUAAACUCUGAAUUUUUGUGUGCCUGUGUGGACAGUCUUGUCUUCCAGCAUGAUAUGAUUUGACCAUUCUGGUGUGAACAUUUGUGUUUUAUAAGAUUUACCUUGUUUUUAUUUUUCUACUUUGAAUUGUAUACAUUUGGAAAGUACCCAAAUAAAUGAGAAGCAUCUAUCCUUGA